AUCCAGCGCAGUGCCUACGCCGUGGCCUUCGACGAGCGCUUCUCCAUCCCGCUGGAGCCGGCGGCGCUGGAGGAGAACAGCCUGCGCUUCUCCGCCUUCGGCAUCGACGAGGACGAGCGGAACGUCAGCGCCGGCGUGGCUGAGCUCAAGCUCUCCGACCUGGACCUGGCCACGCGUCCCUUCAACGCCUGGCUCUACCUGCAGGACGUGAACAAGGCGGUGGACACGGUGGGGGAGAUCCUGCUCUCCCUGAGCUAUCUGCCCACGGCCGAGCGCCUGACGGUGGUGGUGGUCAAAGCCAAGAACCUCGUGUGGACCAACGGCAAGGUGACCGCAGAUCCCUUCGUCAAGGUGUACCUGCUGCAGGACGGGAGGAAGAUCAGCAAGAAGAAGACAGCGGUGAAGAGGGACGACACCAACCCCGUGUUCAACGAGGCCAUGAUCUUCUCGGUGCCAGCCAUCGUGCUCCAG